AUGUGGCUCGCAGACAGAUACAAUGGGGAGUCGAUCCCUGUCUCAUACCUCGGGGGCUAUAUCUUUCUUUCAUAUGUCGUGAGCAUGAUGGGAUGUACCACCACCCUGGAGCUGCUACAUAGACGGACCUCCAGGGCUGGUUUGUACAACUGGUAUCUCCUCCUUACCUCCUCAAUCGUUAUGGGAGGCAUUGGCAUCUGGUGUAUGCACUUUAUUGGGAAUCGCGCCAUCGUUCUCGGAGAUGGAAGCAAGCAGAUUCAGAUCGUUUACAGCAUGACUUUCACCGGUGUCUCUUUCGUUCUGCCGGUCGUUGUUCUACUUGUUGCCUUCUAUUCGAUUGGAGCCAGCGAAGAGACGAGUUUCAUUCGCAUUACAAUGGGUGGUGUACUUGCUGGCGGCGCGGCUUGCGGGAUGCACUAUAUCGGCCAACUUGGCAUCAGCAAUUACCGAUGUUCUUAUAAAGUCGCGAAUGUCGUGGGGGCCACCAUCAUCGCUGUUUUCGCGAGCACAACUGCACUGGCGGUGUUCUUCCGGUGGAGAGCGACUUGGACGGACAGCUGGUGGAGGCGAGGCAUCUGUGGCUGUUUUCUGGCCUGUGCUGUUUCCGGAAUGCACUGGACUGCUGCCGUCGGCACUUCCUACUGGGAACACGAUGACAGUAUUCGGCACAGCAGCCAGCUUUCCAGAAGCCAAACUGUCAUCAUCUGCGCUGUUCUAGCAUGCGCUGCCUGCGGAAUCUUGACUAUAUGUGCGGUGGCGGCCGGUGGAAGUCGGAGACGGCUGCAUACACAAGCUCGGCAGCUGGUGUUGAGCGGCGUCUACUUCGAUCAAGAAGGACGCAUCAUGGUGACGCCCCAUGCAUUGCUCCCUAGUCGAAAGAUCGUCGACCGCUACCUGGGCAAGACCUUCAAUGAUGACGAUCUGACCCGAUCUCAUUCGGCUUUCCUCUGGGCCUUCCGAGCCAGCAGAAACUGGAAUAUCGUCAAGGAUGUCGUGCCUUUCAUGAGAGUUCGACUGGAGUCGGACGAUUACUUCGCCAAGGGAGAUGGGCUGGACGAGGAGAACGAGCUCCAGACCGACUUCGACGAGCUUUUCAAACGCCACUUCUGCGUGGCCGCUCAGGACCUUGCCGACGAAUUGCGACAGCCGUUACCGAACCUUGGCAUGUUGUACGACGACGUUCUGACCACAAGUGCCCCGGCCUCAUGCUUUGGUAGGGCAAUGGGAUACGCUAGACUUGGUGGAAGCAGAGGUCAGAUGAUGUUUACUGUUCGCCACUUGAACAAACAAGAAGCGAGCCGCAUGGCCGCUGCCGGAUACCGAUUCACCACGAUCGAGAACGUUACAUCCGCCCUGUCCAGCCGCAUGCACAUACCCGCACCGACCCUGGGCGUUCAUCUCCGAGACAUGCGCGACUACGCUACCUCCGGCCACAGUUACCUGCCCGGCGUUCACUUGGUCUCUUUCGUCAUGCGGCCAACUAUCUACGACCACUUCGAGGUGCUCACAGCCAAGGGAACCGGCAACCCCUUACCGUCGGCGACUCUACCCAUCAAGCGGCUUCAGUUCCAGCAUCUAGACUUGCUAUCACACAUGGAGGGAUGGACCAUAUCGACCUGCAUGACCUGGCUUAGAUCGGAGGCGGCCCAAGCCAAUGAGGAUGCGGAUGAGUUCCGAGAACAGUUGAUCCAUGCAAUGGCCACCCUCGCCGCCACGCUCCCUCCUGAUAUCAACCAGGUAGCCCGUUUCUCCGCUCGACCGCUCAUCGCUCCCUGUCGCACGCCGAAUACCAUGGAGACCUCAAGCUGCACCCUCUUGUCCUUCUGCGUGGUGGGCAACCUGGACACGCGAGUCUCGAACCCGAACUACACCUUUGCGCCGCUGCGUCUCUUCCGGGUCCAGCAGCAACUGAACGAGGCCCCCGAUGGAGGAGAGGGCUUCGCAAAGGAGCUCGGCAAAGAGCUGUACUACUCCGACACACGCACCAGCUCGGCCACCGACUCCGAGCUCGCUCCCUCCGUCAAAUCCGUUUUCAAAUUCUGGCCGCGCAAGCAGGCCAUCACCGUGGUGCAGGAGCGGUCGCCGGAUAGCUGGACGGACGUCUCCCCGCUGGGCGAUAUCAUGGUUCGAAAGGAGGUCAAGGUUGAUGUGGCAAAGCUGUCGGAGCAGAUGCUCAAUUCGCCCAGACACGCUUCUCGCACCACUGUCGUCGCCGGCGACAUGGCCUACAGCACCUACGUGGACGACCUGUACAACCUCUGCUACUCCUCGGGUAUCCGCUUGCGACCGGACACUGAUCUCCACCCAGUCGCGAUGACGGGUUGA